ACAAUUUAUGAAGUCAACUAUUCAUUAACUCAAAUCUAUAUUCACGUUUGCUAAUAAAGCACAAUCGGCCGAUUCCGAUUGACAGUUCUCACAUACACGGAUCUCAUAAUGAAGAUGUCACCACUGCCAGGAUGGGUGCGCUUUUAUUUUUACGGGAUGCAUGGAUUCUUUGAUGAAAUCAUAUUUACAUCAAUAUUUGACCAUGUUGCUUCUGAUGGUAAUAAUUGGUCACUGAAAGGCCAUUCCUCGAUCUAUUCAUUUUUUAUCUAUGGCAGUUGUUGCUUUGCUGUUGAAUACCUCUACAGGAUAUUUAUAAAACGUGGCAUUCCUCUGUUAUCAAGAUUGUUUGUGUAUCUUAUUAUUUGCUACGCGUGGGAGCUCUGCAGUGGAUUGAUACUGAGACAAUUCAACGCUUGUCCUUGGGAUUACAGUCACUACCCAUUGAACUUUAUGGGUCUUAUUACACUGGAAUAUGCGCCAGGAUGGCUGUUUCUUUCACUCUGGCAGGAUGUAAUGUUCGGUUAUUUUUUGAGGUUGCGUUUCCAUGGAGAUGGAGAUUUUCAGUUUAUUGAAAGUAACAACUCCAAUGAUGUAAAAAAUGGAAAGAAAGUGAAAUAGAAGAAUUCUUCCAAAGGAUGUGUAGCGAAGUUCUCAAGCAAUCUAGUGUCACAUCAUAUUUUUUGUCAACCCCAAAGGAUGCUUGCCAGUUUUUUAGACUGAGGAGGUUUUAAAAAAUGUUGACCAAAAUAAUAAUGAAUAUUCUGCAUUGGUAAGAGGUGAAGGCGAAUGUAAUAAGGGUGUUGUGGGCCACCCUUAGUCUGAAAGCCAAGCAAGCACCCUGUCGUCAAUCAAAAAAUCGGCUUCCUUACACUUAGUAUCCAAGGAAUAGGAAAUAGAAAAAGAAAUGUUACUGAACAUUAGAUGUGUGUUGAUGCUCAAGAUACACUGUGUUAAGAUUUACUUUGUUGGCAAAGUUCAAUAAAGAAGGAACAUUUCCUCUCCAUCUAUAAGACUCAAGACAUUAUUUCAUGAAAAAAGACAAUUUUUCCAAGAAAUAUGAAAAGUAUAGCAAUCCACUUGGGUUUUAGGUACACAGUAGAAGUUAAAACAUAACAUCUACAUGUAUCAACGAUUGUUAUGGAAUUUUGAUGGAAUAAUGCCU